GUUGGAGACUGGGGGCACGCCUAUACGCGCGCAGUGUCCCUGGAGUCCCGCGAGGUCCCUGGCGCAACGGUGGUGGCGGUUUAUGUUGCGUGGGUGGUUCAGAGGGGAGCGGUUCAGACUCAGUAGUGACAGGAAAUUGGAAAAUGAAAGUACAGUCAUUGAGUGCUUACAAAGGCCUGUGAGGUUGUGCCUCUUCCCCCGGACUUUGAUCUCCUCUGGGGCGCAGGUCACCGGUGUUUCUUCCUCUCACCAAGCUCGCUGUUCAUCCGGUGUCAAGUUUCAUUUCUUUUUCUACUUCUCUCCAGCAGCCCCCCUCCCACCUUUACUUUCCGCUUGGUACACAGCUGCGGCCAGGCCGAGCGUGGCUUCAUUCCUGCCUCGGAAGCCCAAUUGGAAGCGUACAGUAUUCGGGGGCGGAAUGUUAGCACGCAUUGGCAGGAAAUAAGGGGUAUUAUUGACAGAAGUCGUUCGAAGGUACACGGUUAGCGUUUUCUCCAGCUAUUGUUCUUUGACGUUUAGGGCAUUUAACGGUUCUGGAGCUUUAUCCUUCACCGGAUAAGCUCAUCUGGUUGAUGGAGCGGAUCUCCGGCCCCCACCUCCACCCCACUCUGCGUGGAAAGCUUGGUGCUUCAGUAAUUAAGGCUGGCAGUUCCGUCGUUAAAAUGUGUGAUUCAAUUUUUUACCCCCUCGGGAACUGUCUCCUCUUUGAUUUCAUUUAAACAUUAAAACUUGCCCAUUGCUAUGGACAGUGCCAUCACCCUGUGGCAGUUCCUCCUUCAGCUCCUGCAGGAGCCUCAGAAUGAGCACAUGAUCUGCUGGACCUCUAACAAUGGAGAGUUCAAGCUUCUGCAGGCAGAAGAGGUGGCUCGUCUUUGGGGGAUUCGCAAGAACAAGCCCAACAUGAAUUAUGACAAACUCAGCCGAGCCCUCAGAUACUAUUAUGUGAAGAAUAUCAUCAAAAAAGUGAAUGGUCAGAAGUUUGUGUACAAGUUUGUCUCUUAUCCAAAGAUUUUGAAAAUGGAUCCAAUGACAGUGGGCAAGAUCGAGGGAGAUGGUGAAACUCUGAACUCCAGUGAAAUUAGCAGUGCUUCGAAAGAUGUGGAGAAUGGGGGGAAAGAGAAGCCUCAGCCUGGUGCCAAGACGUCCAGCCGCAAUGACUACAUACACUCUGGCUUGUAUUCUUCAUUUACUCUCAACUCUUUGAACACCUCCAAUAAAAGGCUUUUCAAGUCAAUAAAGAUGGAGAAUCCUGCUGAGAAACUGGCAGAGAAAAAGUCUCAGGAACCAACACCAUCUGUCAUCAAAUUUAUAACAACACCUUCAAAAAAGCCACCCAUUGAACCAAUUGCUGCCACCAUUUCAACUGACCCAGCUAUUUCUUCAUCUUCCGAAGAAACUAUCCAAGCACUAGAGACAUUGGUUUCCCCAAAACUGCCUUCCCUGGAAGCCCCAGCCUCUGUGUCCAGCGUAGCUGCCAGCUUUACCCCACCUCCCAUUCCACCUAUGCCCCCUUCCUUGAAGGAGCCACCCAGGACACCCUCUCCACCUUUGAGUUCCAACCCAGACAUCGACACGGACAUUGACUCAGUGGCUUCUCAGUCAGUGGAACUUCCAGAGAACUUGUCUCUGGAGCCUAAAAGCCAGGGUUCACCUCUGCCAGAAAAGGACAAAACAAGUAAUUCAUCGAGAUCCAAGAAACCCAAAGGGUUAGAACUGGCACCUACCCUUGUGAUCACAGGCAGUGACCCAAGCCCUCUGGGCAUAUUGAGCCCAUCUCUUCCUACAGCUUCUCUUACCCCAGCGCUGUUUUCACAGACACCCAUCCUGCUGACUCCAAGCCCCUUGCUCUCCAGCAUCCACUUUUGGAGCACGCUCAGCCCUGUGGCUCCUCUGAGUCCAGCCAGACUGCAAGGUGCUAACACACUUUUCCAGUUUCCUUCUGUAUUGAACGGUCAUGGGCCAUUCACCCUGUCUGGCCUGGAUGGACCUUCCACUCCUGGCCCAUUUUCCCCGGACCUGCAGAAGACAUAAUCUGUGCCCUUGUGGUGUGAGAGACUCAAGGGACAUAGAAAUGGAGAGACAUUCAACCUGACAGCAUUGGAGUGAGAGACUGACUUUAUGACUUUUGCCAUUUCCCACUGAAACACCUUUUUCAGGAUUCUCUUUAAAUAGGUUUCAAGUUACGACUGUGUGAAAUGCCUUAAUUGGAGUCCACUACCACAUCCCUGUCUUUUUUUUAAUGUGGCGCUAAGUGCUAAAGUAAUUUUGGUGGGGUUUAGCAGCUGUACUUAGCAAGAGUGAUUAAGAACAAAGUUACUCCUCCUGACUAUUGAGAUCUUUUGGCUAAGAAGAAAAUUGUGCUUAGAAUUUAUUAUUUUAAGAAAUACUAGUUAAAUGAAAUUGGCUGUGCCUUUAGGACUGAGUGUGCUCUGUUGAAUAAGUAAAAGUGAGCUGUUUAUAAGCAGUGGGAGAAAAUAAUUCAUUCCUGUUCGUACAAAAGAAGAUGCAGCAGUACAGUUGUGCAGAAUGUUUUGCAGUGAACUGCACUGUGUGGGUGUGGAAGCAGUUCCACGUACACAUGUAUGCAGCAGGUCUCUUAGCCACAUACAUGAUCUCUUCUUCACCUGACGAGCACAUGGAGCUAGUCUGUUUCAACAUAAGCCUGGAAUUUAAGGUGGUUUUAGACCAUCCUGUGAGACUGUAGGAUCCUGUGUCUAGCAUGAAAUGGUGCUGUUUGGUAUGAUUGUAUUCCUGCAGGGCACCGCAUAGUUAGUGAUGACUUUUAGAAGAGUGGACUUGGGUUCAACUGAUACCUUAGGACAACAUGAAGGGUUUCUUCCAGUUAGGAGACACUGAGUUGGGGAGGGACUCUGCCAUGUUCCUGCUCAUUUUACCCCAUUUUCUUCUGUAUGGUCAUCACUUUUCCUUCUAAAUCUAAAGCUAUUAGGGGUUAUGACAGUAUUACAUGCCAUUCAGAAAGUGGAAUGUAAGUGAAACCUUCAGUUAAUAAUGUGACAGAGAUGUUCAGGUCUAAUUACGGAGAAUCAGUUCAUUUGGCAAUAUUCAUACAUAGGAAUUAAUGUUUUAAUUAACAUUGGAAAAUGUAGACCUGUAUCUCUAUGUUACCAAAUUUCUGAAUUUGUUUUUUGAGACACAGUCUCAUUAUGCAGUUCAGGCAGGGCUUGAACUCACAGUGUAGCCUAAGCUGAUGUCAAACUUGUGGUGAUCUCUUGCCUCAGCCUCCUGAGUGCUGGGAUCACAGGUGUGCAUUGGCUCUAAUUUAUAAAAUAUUACCAUAUAGUACUAUAAUCAGUGCCAGGUGCACACAGAUCUUUUGAUUCCCCCAAACUGAAUUGGUACCAGUUACACAUUGGAAUCUUUUGAAAAAUUUGGCUUUUAAGCCCGGGCCUAAAUUAUAUACUGCCAUUACCACCAUGCUACUGAAGUAGUUUUUCUUUAAGUUACAUAGAAGUUUAUUUAGCUCAUAGCUUUGGAGACUGAAAGUUCAAAAUCUGAUCCAUCUCGCUAGCCUCUCGGAGGUUCUUCUGCCUGCAUCAGUCUGCAUGCUGAUGGCAUUACUGGGCAGGUGUGUUAAACUCUUUCUCAACACUGUAAAUGAGUCACAUGAGCUAAGUGGUAAGGACUUGAGGCAAACCAGCAUCUUCUGAAUAACAAUACUCACUUCAAAUUUAUUUACAAAUAGUAGAGAAGCUCUUAGGUAAGGUAUUUAAGAUGAGUCGUUUGUAGUGGAGUGGAUACUCAGUGAGCUUUCUUCUGAUGUGUAGUGUUGGAGACCUGUUACUGGUUCAUUUGUGGUUGUCAGCUGCAGUUCUGUUCCCAAGAUGUGCAAUAGUAGUGUGGAGAGGUCGUGUUCAGCAGUGAUGGGAGCAGGCACAGUGAACUGUCUUUUCCCCUGUUGAAUGACUUUGCAUGCUUGUUUUUUGUUUGUUUUUGUUUUUUGUCUUUUUGAGACAGGGUCUCACUAUACAGUUCAGGGUGGCCUUGGGCUCGCUUUGUAGUCCAGGCUGGUCUUGAACUUGCAACAAUCCUCCUGACUCAGCCUCCCCGAGUUCUGGGAUUACAGGAGUGCGCCACCACACCUGGCUGCAUACCUGUUUGGAAUUAGACCCCUUAGCAGCACUUUGUAAAGUUUAUUAGGUUAACAUUUGUAUAGUAAAUAAAUAUUGUUGACUGACUAAACUAGAUGUUUUAAAUUCUGAAAGCAAAAAUGUAUUUUUAUCUUUUUUAAUUAAAGGAGGAAAGCCAUUGAUUUGUUUUCACAGGUGAUACAUUUGAUGGUUUACUGUCUCAGUACAGAAGUGCUUUGAAACCAAGGGCACUGUUAAAACAGUCAGAGCAACUUCCUAGGAAGCAGUUUUAGAUUCCUUUUUUCUGUAAGCCUGGAGCCAAAGCCUCUGAGAGGUGUAAGGCCUUAGGAGGCAGAUGAUCUUCUUUCUCUUUGAGGUCAGCUAAUUUGGGUAAGUGUACAAGAGUGUGUGUGUGUGUGUGUGUGUGUGUGUGUGUGUGUGUGUGUGUUCUUAAGUCAAAGUUUACAGCCUUAGCCAGUAUACGAGGCAGACAGUUCUAUUUGUAGACUACCUCCUUCCUGGAAAAGCUUCAACUUCAUAUUCUUUUGAACAGUUACAGACUUCUCAUUAGCUUCAAAAGGUGACAUGCCACUUACCGUCUGUGUUUCCCAGGAGACUUCCCUUGGGCUCACUAUGUAGUUGAUACUGUCCCCAGGCACUUGUCAGGGUGGGCGUGGUUGGGUGGCAUUCGCCUGAGGUGAGCAGAGCAGGUUGUAGGGUGUUUUGAGGUGUCUCCUGUGAGACCUCAGCUUUUCUUGCAUUUUGGCUGCUCUUCACUCAGUCAUGUGCUAAGAAAUGUUUAACAACCAGGAUCUUGAAUGGAGGGGGACAGCCAUGCACGCCACUCCCUCUGUGGCUGUUUUCAGUCCCUACCUGUGACUUGAGAAGGGAUGUGCUCAGAUCCAGUGCCAGCAAACCACUGCAGUACUCCACCCAGGGUAGCUUUUCACCUGAGUUAUAAAAUGUAUUUUUCUCAUUCAUAUGCUGAUUUUUAAAAAUGAAAAUCUCCUAUCUGACUUGAGUAGUCUUAAAAAAAGGUUUGCUGUACUAUUUGUAUGCUAUUCUAAAAGACAUCCUUUAUGAUAGAACAAAGAGGAAUUUUCAUGGAUUAAAAAAAAUCACAUAAUUAAAGAAUCUAGAGAUCAACUUGGAAGAAUGAAAAGAUCAACCCAGCCUUAUUCUUCUUAAGAGUUAAAAUACAGGUUUACUUCCCCCCCAUGAAAACAAUUAUGACAGUUUAUAGGUAUAAUUUUUUUUUCCUUCAAAUUUUGAUGGCAAAAGUAAACCCAUGAAUUUUAACUGGAACAUUCUUUGAAGAUCUGCAUGUUAAAUUACAGAUUAAAAUAAAAUGAGGACUUACAGGCUGUUCCAUAACACAGAGGUGUGGUGGCCAGGAGCUGGGAGGCUCUGUGUACCCCAGCACUGGGGUAUCACUGUUUCACCAGCAGCAUUGUCACACCCUGAUGUCAGAACUUGUGUGAUGAAUCUAAACAUCUCAAAUAGCAGGUUAUGUUUCUGAUGAGUUGAGCACCUGGAGGGGUAACCAGUGGUAUAUCAGAAAAGUUGCCCCCAGGCUUUUAGAACACACACCUUAAAUUGAAAAAGUUUUUGAAGAAAAAAACUUUCCCUGUUAAAAUUCAUGUGUGUAUAUGUUGUUUGUAGUGCUUCUAUUAAAGUAGCAUGAAUAAUACAAAAUGUGCACAUGGAGAUGAAGGAUAGGGUAUUUGGUCAGGGUGGUGGCUAGUGCGCCUUGAAACACAUACCCUAUUGGGAUCACAGAUAGAAUACUGCCUCUCAGUGAGAUCUUGGCAACUAGGUGUGAUUUGGUAUGUGUGUGUGAUAUAUAGGAAAAUCCCAGAAGAACUUGUCAGCUUUUGAAAUUUGUAUAAAUUCUUUUUGUAAGUUGCCAAAUAACCCAUUAGCAAAUGUUUGCCAGAUCUUCAUGCAUAUUAUUUUUAACAGCCUGUUGUCUCUGUCAUCUUUGUACUAGGUGUGACUAUUUUUAUCUUGUUAGUAAACUUUUGGACUUCUUUUAGCCUUAUUACCAAGAAAUUCAGAAUUAUUUCACAUUGUUUUAUGCCAAAAUAUACAGCUUACACUUUUUUGCUCUAAGUUUUAAUUUGGAGGCUGACACUUUAGUAUCUGAAGGAGUAGUUUUCUUGAUAGUCUCUUUUUUAUCCCUUUAUUUACUAUGCCUUUUAUUUACCCAUGCCAGAAAUCUAGAAUCAUGCUGAGGUAGUACCAUUCUAAAUCUCAGGAUAAACCUGGGCCGCAGGAAUGUUAGAGACUUUUCCUGAUGCACGAAAGUGUGAUAGGAGAUGCUGUUUCUGAAGAGGAAUUGAGCAGUGAGGUGGUUGGUCUAUAGCAGUAAAUGAAAUAGGGGUCACAUAAACUGGCUUUGUUUAGCAGGUGGUCUGAACCAGAGUGAAUUCUGUGGGAAGUAUUUUUCUAGUCUUUUGUUUGUUUGUUUUUUGAAUAAUCAUCAUGUUAUGGAAUCAACAAAUGUUUUUUCUUUUCAUUGCUGGCAUUGCCGGAAAUGAGGUGCCCUGUUUGUUACUCCUUAGGUCAUCAGAACUCUGCUUUCUGAAGGUAAAAUUUUAAUCUGGAAUUUAGACUCCUUUUGGGUGGUGUGGCAUUAAACAAGAGAAGGUGUGUGACUUCAUCCUUGUGGUCGGUGGAGCCUGUUACAUCACAGUCAUGCUCUGACCUAUAAAUACAACAGGUCCAAAGGUAAAUUGUUGCUGGUAGUGCCAAGUGUCCUUCAAGCGCAGUUUCGGAGGCUGUCUGGUUCUUCAAGCUGCUUUUCUGAAACUAGGGUAACUUUUACAUAUCCUGGCAGAAAAAUAGCCAUUUCUAGGUUGCUGCCGUUGUGAAAGAUGGAAAUCCAGAGGGCUUUGUGUGACAGCAGAUGCGGGCUUUAAACUUUCUGCAGAAACCAGGACAUUGAAGGUAUUGUUCGCAUUUUAUUUUGUGGUGCUGGAGAUGGAACCCAGGGCCUUGCACGAGCUAGGUUAAGCACUCCACCACUGAGCUGUACCACCAGCCCCCAUAAUUUAAGAUGGAACCUUUAACAAGGAAAUUCAUGAGGGUUGCAAAACCUAGUAAAUCUUUUGAAUGGUAAUCUUGGAGUGUAAUAAACAUCAGGAAGUUUUUAUGAAGUUUAAAUACAUACUUUGAUAACAUUUAAUUGGGAGACUAGAACAUUUCUAAGUCAUUCUGAUUUAUUAUUGGCCAAGUACAUAUAUGUACAUGUGUAUACUCAUGUAUAUGUGAUAUAUUGAUUGAGAGGUGUGUGUGUGUUUUUCAGAGGGAACAUAUUCAUCCUCUAGACUAGGAUGGCUCUUAGGCUAUUUUAUACUAAAACUAAACUUUUGCUGCACUUUGUAGUUGCUACGUUUUAAAGAUUAAUACCUUGCACAUUUCAGUUUGUAAAUGUAUAGAAUCAUAGGCCUUAAAAACUGUUUGCCAACGCUUUAGAAGUAUAGCACUUAAAUGUGACAUACUCUGAAUAGUCAUCUUAAACUAUUCUCUCAUGUAAGAUGGCCUUUCUUAAAAAUCCUGUUUUUAUUUGCUUUUGUGUAAAAUCUUUAUUACAUUGGUUGUUUCUCAAGAGAGGAGGUUUAUACUAUAACCAGUAUUUCUAAAAUACAGAAAUGUGACCAUGGAUUAUUAUAAAAGUGGAGGAUUUCUAGCUUUGUGACAUGUUACCCUUUUAAACUGUAUGUAAGUUGCAUUAGCAGAAACCUCAAAAAAGUGUGUCUGGCACUGAGUAGUCUUCUCAAGUUUGCCUUGUUUCCCAUCUCAUAAAGGCCUAAUCUGGUUCUUGUUCCUUCCAAAGAAUAUGAGCCGUGCUGUCCAGCCUGGGAUCGUUCUGGAUGGGGGGUGCCCUGUGGCUGGAUUGGAGUUCUUGCUAUAAAGUCAUUCAAGUCUGCCUGGAGUUCAAGGGUGGGAAUGCCAUUUACUGGUGUUAAAUCACUUGGCACUUUUCUUGGGCACCAUUAUUAGCACUGUUUUGUUUUUAAUAACUGGAAGCACUUAAUUAUUUUGUUUAAUUUCAACUUGAUAUUGAGGGUCUGGGAAGUAAGAUUUCUCGUUUAUGUUUUGGGGAAUUGAAGAGUGUUUGGAAAGGGAUAAAUGGAUUACUUAAUGAGCCAUUCUUCCAGGCUCAGUAAGGUAUGUUUUUUGGCUAGGGUAUUUUACAGUCAUUUAUGUUUUUAAUGUGUUUCACAAAAAUUUAUGAUUUUUAAAAAUUUGCAAUUGAUAAGUUACAUUGAAAUUGAAAAUUAUCCAUGUAAUAAGCCCCCCUUUUCUUCUUUAAUCAUUGUUACUUACUGUUUGUAAUGUAGGGAACCCAGACAGUUCCUUCUGAGACAUUUCAGUUUUUCAUUGUUUGGGGCAGUAUUACUAGUGGCCUUUGUAUAUACAUUAAUUCUUUAUGUAGUAAAGUAGCAUAUUUCAGGAACUUCUCUGUUCAGUAUUAGUGAAAUUAACUAAAAUGCAUAUAUGUAAGGACAAAAAAUUAAUACCAUUAAUACUUUUAUUUACUGGAGGCCUGUUUAUUUGGUUUGGCCCUGAAUCUUUUCUAAUCACAGUCAUAUCUAUUUUUUCACUUUGGCCUUCUAGCAGGUUUCAUUGUGGGUAGUGAGAUUAAGUAUGAAACUUUUAAUUACAGUUUCUCAAUAUUAUUCCCUUUAUUCACCAAUAAAAUUAGCCUUAAAAGAGAAAGGUGUAUAAUGUGUAUAAAUUUUCUUUUCUUUUCUUUUUUCUUUUGAGCCUAGGUCGAUGUUCCUGAAACUGGCCUCAAAACUCCUGGGCUCAAGCCAUCCUGUCUCAGCCUCCUGAGUAGCUGGGGUUAUAGGCAUGCACUAUUGGUCCCAGCUUAAAUUUGUAUUUUAAGGAAUAAACUAAUAAUUUUCCUUUUCAUAUAGCAUAUAUCAAGAUCCUAUCUGAAAAAACAACCCCAAAUGGAAAAUUAAGAGAUAUAUUAAACAACAAACUUUUAAUUUUCAUUUAACUAGUCUUUAAUUCAGAAAAAAAGCUUAGAUCUUUUACAGUGCUUACAGUACUCUUGCAGUAUAUCCCUCCCCCAGCACAGGACAGCAAGUAUUAUUUCCUGUGCAUGCCUUAAUUUGGAGUGUGUGAUAAGAAUUUUCCACAUACUCAGCUCAAUUGAGAACACAGUUACUUCCUUGUUUAUUUUAAACUCUCAUGAUAUCUAGUAUUGAUCAUUUUAUAAGUAUUAAGAAACAGUGCAAGUAUACACCUGUCCAAAAGAAUGAUUGUGUUUUUAAUAACUUGUUUGAAUUAAUUUCAGUUUAUAUUAGGGAGAACUUCAAAGUAGCAAAAUCAUCAUUUUUCCCCUUUUUCCUGAAAAAGCAAUUAAAAUGGUAACUGAACAGUGACUGAAACUCGUAUUAGUUGUUGAUAAAGCUAAGCAGUUCACCUUACCUGUUGGGGAACAAAGGGAUAUUGUUUUAAGGUUUAUUAUAGGAUUUUAAGGUUGAUUACAGGAUGUUUAUAGUCCUGAGUUUUUCCUGUGUGUGUGGCAGAGAAAUUUCAUAAUUUAGGUCUUUGAGGGAAAGGAUAUGCUGGCACUUUGACCGAUUUAUAAUAUGCUGCUUUAAAACAAAAAACAUAGUCGACACUCAGGGCAUCUCCAGACAUUGUAAGGGUUGCUCUGAAUAACCAAUCAGGUGAUUCUUUUUCUAUCGCUUCCCAAGUUGUAUGCAAAAAAAAAUCCUGUUAAAAGUCUGUAGUGGUGAUAUGUGUCUUUUAAGAAAAAUGAGGAUUUAAAAAAAAACUUUUAUGUAAGAACUGAUAGAGGGAUUUGCUUUGUAUAAUGCAAGCCGAGCUGGCUUUAAGAAAGCACUGUAGCAGAUUGACUAUGAAUGCAAAGUUAUACAGAUUUGUCAGUAGAUCGGGCAACAAUUGUAUUUUUUUAAAUAAAUAUUUUUAACAAAA